AUUUCUAGAAGUUACCUAAGCAGCACGCAAUGAUUCGUUGAGGUCGUCAGACUUAAUCUCUAAUUAGUUCUCUCCAGAUUUGCACGAUUUCCAUCAGUGGUAUCAGAGCCACGGUUAGAGGACGUUCUUUCCUCCAUUGGAAGAGAUCUAGAGAGGCUUGAAGUGCUCCAGAUCUAGGGUUUGACAUGGCCCAAAAGUUGGAUGGCCCUCCUAGGUUUACCGGCUCGGACUUUUCGCUAUGGAGGUUCCAGUUCACACUAUGGCUAGGUAUUAAGGACCUAGAAAGUGUGUUGGAUGGAUCGGAGAAGCGACCACGAGCUGACUCUGGGGAGGCGUCUACUGGAGCAACCAGCCAAGUGGGAUCCAGGGCUGGGGGAGCGUCGUUGAGUGGGGGGAAUGAAGGAGGAACCGCUGCAACUCGAACCGGAAGGUCGCAACUAAGUCGCGAGGAGUUGCUCAAAGCUCAAGAAGCAUGGGAUCGGAAGGAUCGCCAGGCAUUUCAGUACCUGUGUUGGGCUUUGGAGGGGCAACUUGAGCUUCUUAAGAUGCUGAUUGACCUGAAGGGGAAGGAAGGUGCAGCAGCUGCAGCUUGGAAAAGAGUGCAAGAUAGGCACUUGCAGAAAGGGCUUCUAAGCGUGCUUACUUGGCGGAAGCGGUUUUACACCAUGGAGCGGAACUAUGGGGAGGGGGAGACCAUGGUUCAGUAUCUCCAGAGGGUGGAUGAGAAUGUGAGGGCUUUGGAGGAGCUGGAUUACACGGUAGAUGAGAAGGAGAUCAUCUACACUGCACUCCAAGGGUUGGAUCAAGCGGCUAAUGAGGCAUUACUACAGUACCUUCACCUCGAGCAACAGAAAUGGACCAAGGUGUGGAUUUGGGAGGUUCUAAUUUCUGAUGAGGCUCGCAAGGUUGAUGCUGGAAGAGGCCUAGAAGGAGGCAUGGGUGCAGCAGAUAAAGCUUCCUUCAGGAAAGGCUAUCAACAGCAAGGAGGUGGGGGGAAGAAGAAAGAGUUGGACAAAUGCCUUGUGCCCGGAUGCAACAAAAAACACUCUUGGAAGAGUUGCUGGAGUAGGCCUGAGGGAUGGAAGCCUCACGGCUACUCUGGAGAGGCCCCACCAGUGACCAAACCUGAUUGGGUGGAGAAAAGGAUGAAGAAGGGGCUCUGGAAUAAGAAGGGCAGCAAGGGAGCAACGGCCGCAGCUGCUAAGGAUGAGAAGGGGAAGGGCCAAGACGACUCCUCCGAUGAUGGUUUCUCGUUUCUCAUGCUAGGGCAGGAUGCAGCUCUCGCUGGUCGUGCAUUGGCUGAUCCUAACUUCCUGGUUCUAGACUCUGGAGCAACAUCUGGGAUGCUUCCUCACCGUGAUCUCUUCACCUCCUACCAUCCUCUCCCACCAAAUUCGAGGAACGUGAUUGUUGGGAGCGGAGAUUUGCUGCAAGCAAUUGGCAUCGGCACGAUCACCAUUAAGGGGAAGGAGGGGGAGCUAGUGGGUGUGAAGGGGGUCCUUCACGUCCCUGGUUUGGCUGCAAACCUCCUUUCAUGCUCGCAGCUGGCUAAACAGGGAUACAUCUGCACUUUCACGGAGGGAGGGUGUACUGUUAGAAAGGGUGAAGCUGUGGUGAUGGAGGCAAAGCUGGACAAGGGUUUAUACCUUGUUCCAGCUUGUGUGCCUAAUUGUUACAAGGCACAUAUGGUUUUUUCUGAGGAAGCCGCUUGUAGCACUCGCUGGAGGCAGGUGGAAACGGUGUCACCUGAGUUGCUACACCUUCGCAUGGGGCAUGCGGGGAAGCAGCAACUGCUGGAGUGUGUGAAGAAGGGGGAGCUGAAGGGGGUGGAGGUCAAGGAAAGAGCUGGGCAGCAGAGCAAAUGUCCCAACUGCACGUCUGGAAAGCUGCCUAGAACCUCAUUCCCUAUCUCCUCUGAUCAUGCCUCGACUCCCCUUGAGCUGGUGCACACGGAUGUGUGUGGACCGAUGCAAACUCCUGACCGGGAAAGGGGCAGCAGGUACUUUGUCACCUUUCUUGAUGACUUCAGUCGACUUAGCUGGGUCACCUUGGUGAAGACCAAGGAUGAGGUGGCAAAGGUGUUUAAGCGGUGGAUACGCUAUGUGGAGAGGGAAUCAGGGGCCAAGGUAAAGGUGUUAAGGUCAGAUCGGGGUGGAGAGUACCUUGGGAAAGAACUUCAAACCUUCUUGGAAGAAAAGGGUAUUACCCACCAGCUCUCUGUACCUUACACGCCGCAGCAAAAUGGGGCAGCGGAGCGGCUUAACAGGACCUUGACCGAUUUGGCUCGGGCCAUCCUUUCCCAUGCCGAGCUUGAUAACACUUGGUGGGGGGCAGCAGUGCAGUAUGCCAACUGGGUGAAGAACAGGAUGGGCAGCAAGGGGCUUGGAGGCAAGAGCCCAUACUCCUUCUGGACAGGGAAGGUGCCGAAUGUUUCCAUGGCACGAGUGUGGGGGUGCAUGGCACAGUAUAAGGUACCUGACCAGCAAAGAAGGAAGCUAGAUCCUAAGGCACAGUGGGGGAUCUUCCUUGGGGUUUCUGAGAGGAGCAAGGCUUGGGUGCUGUGGAGUGUAGCUGACCAGCGUGUGAUGGAGAGCCGUGAUGUGGUUUUCCAUGAGGGGCUGAAUUUUAAGGGGUGGAAGGAGCAUGGUACAAGCCAAAGUGGGACUUCCAUUCAAGACCCUCAUACGGCUUCUAUCUUUGAGGGGGCAUGGGAGGACCCUGGAGAUGAAGGGGAGGAGCAGCAGGAGGAGCCAGAACCAGCUGAUCCUAACCAUGAGGAGUCCCGAGAGACAGAUUCUACCCCUCAGCCAGCCACGCAAGCCGAUGCGCGUGAUGAUCAGCCGGAGCAGCAUGUGCCUUCAACUCCAUCGAGAAGCAGUUGGCAGCAGUUGUUGGACCAGCAGCUGUCCAAGACUCCGAGGACUCCAAUGAAGAGGGUGACUUGGGAGGAGAAGCUGCGGAGGCUGGAAGAAGGAGAGGCAACACCUCUGCGACGCAGUGCUCGAAUUUCCCAGCCACCUGAAAGGUUUACCCCGGGGCACAUUGCACGCAUGCAUGAUCAUCUUGUGUCUGAUUUGGAUGAUUGCAUGCUUGUGGACAUGCAUGGGCAUGAGUAUGCUCUUGAUGUGUGUCUAAUGGGUCAGGUGCAUGAGCCUAGGUCAGUCCACGAGGCGCUGAACCGUCCAGAAUGGGUUGAGUCCAUGCAUGAGGAGCUUGAGUCUCACAAGGUAAAUGGAUCAUUUGAGCUGGUUGAUCCAGCAGUGGUACCACCUGGUUUGGAGGUCCUCAGGUGUCAAUGGGUUUGGAAAUACAAGCAUAACCCUGAUGGUACUGUUGAGAGGCCUAAGUCCAGAUUGGUGGUGAUGGGAAACACGCAGAAAUUGGGAGUACACUAUGAAGAAGUGUACUCUCCAGUUGGGAAGCAUGCGACCUUGAGAGGUAUGCUUGGAAUUUCAGCUGCUUUGGGGCUUGAUAUCCAUCAUAUGGAUGUCAAGACAGCCUUCCUCCAUGGGGAUUUGGAGGAAGAGCUUUACAUGCGGCAGCCCCCUGGUUUUGAUGAUGGGUCUCACCGAGUGUGUCGCCUCAAAAAGUCCAUUUAUGGGCUAAAGCAAGCCCCACGACAGUGCUAUCUCUUGGCAGAGCAAGAGGCAGCCCGUGGUAGCACUCUCUACCACUGAGAGUGAGUAUAUAAGUCUGUGUCAGUGCAUUCAGGAGGGUGUCUGGCUGAGGCGUUUGUUUGGGGAGUUUGGUCAUGAUCAUGCUGGUGGUGUGCCUGUGUUUGUGGAUAAUUAGUCUGCCAUUGCCCUUGCACAGAAUGCAUGCUUGCAUGGCCGCACCAAACACAUGCAGGUCCGGUGGCAUUUCAUUCGGGAGAUGGUAGCUGCGGGUGAGGUGAUUUUGCAGUGGUGCCCUACCAACCGUCAGGCUGCUGAUAUUCUUACCAAGUCUCUUCCCUUUGAGUGCCAUGGUGUGUGCAUGACCUUGCUCGGGAUGCAGCCCCAUGAUGACAGGGUUCCCGCAGCAGAUGCCGGCGUCUUGGUGCUCCUCUCCUGGGCGGACUCCAUGCUCUGGGUGGCCCCAACCCAUGAGCAAGGGGGAGUGGUGUGAAGUCUUUUGCCCUAUGGUGUUGAGCCACACCCAGCACGAGCAAGGGGGAGUGAUAAAUGUGUAGUAUUCUGUGGUGUAGUUUGCUCUAGCUGGUUGUGGGCUAUUGGGUUUUGGGCAAAAGGACUUGGGUUGGUUGGCAAGGUUUGAACUCGUUACCUUUCCAACCCAUACAACCUCAAAUCCACUACAACAUCUUUGAUGUUGCAGUUAUGGCACUUGAGAGUGUUGGGGUUUGGUCUAGGGCAAGGGUUGGUAGUGUUUGACAAUCACAUACUGCAACUUUUCCAGAUCGAACU